CACGGAGCGCGAGAGCGACCAUUCGCGGGUGGAGGCUGAGAGAAAUUUAAAUCCCCCGGGUUGCGGUCGACACGCAAAAAGGCGAAAAAAUCACGGUUGUUUCUUUCUCUUUGUUCAGAACGCACUUUGACGGCGUAAAUGUGCGGUCGGUAGGGUGCGAGCGUUGAAGUUUUCGAGGGUUUUUCGCCAUGGUGGUCGGGAAGCGGUUCCUGUGUGUGAGCGGAGAGGAGCCGCUGGAUCCCGCGCACAUCGCGCACUGGUCAUGGCGAGCCGGAGUCAUCCGAGCCGUCACUCACCGCGACCACGACAAUCCCGAACUGACGGUUUACGUGGAGUUUGACGACCUGGAGUGGGAUAAGCGCGAGUGGGUCAAGGUCUACGAAGACUUCCAGAUCUUUCUGCUGGAACAUCAGCUGGUUUGGGCCAAAAGAAAAGAAGGUGCCCAGCUGCAGGGAACAAAAGCCAAGCAGAUCCAGUGGCCAGCUCUGACGUUCAAGCCUCUGGUGGGGAAGACAGUGUUCGGGUCCAUCACAGCCAUCGAGUUCUUCUCUGACAGACACCUGGACUUCAAUGCGGAUGAAGGAGCCUGUCAGCCCUAUCAGGAUGAAGUGGACAGUUUAAGUCCUGUUCUCAGGGACUAUCCACAUCUCCAUGAAGAAGUGAAAGCCUGGGUGAAAGACCAAAAAGUUCAGGAAAUUUUUAUGCAAGGUCCCUAUUCAUUGAAUGGCUACCGCGUACGAGUUUACAGACAGGACUCAGCCACCCAGUGGUUCACGGGCAUCAUCACCCACCACGAUCUUUUCAGUCGCACUAUGGUUGUCAUGAAUGACCAGGUACUAGAGCCUCAGAACGUUGACCCCUUCAUGGUACAGAUGACCUUUCUGGAUGAUGUGGUCCAUUCUUUACUGAAAGGAGAAAAUAUCGGUAUCACGUCGCGACGCAGAUCUCGCUCUAGCCAGAACAGCAACACUGCCCAUCAGACCACAGGAGGGAGACCAAGCGGCUCUACAGGAAUCACUCAGGGUCAUUACACACGUGCCCAAGCCAACAGCCCGAGACCUGUGAUGAAUUCCUCUGGCUCCACACCCAAACAGGCCUCUCAGGCCCAGCAGCAACAGCAGCAGCAGCAGCAACAACAAACCCAGCAUGCUCAGCAGCAGGUAUCUCAGCAACACCACCAGCAGCAGCAGCAGCAGCAGCAGCAGCAGCAGCAGCCACAGUCCUCACCAGGUCAGCAACGCGGCUCACGAUCUACACGUCGAAAGGGCUCCGACAGUAGUGUUCCAGACGAUGAGAAGAUCAAAGAUGAAAAAUCAGAGAGUGGAGGAAAAGACUCUUCUAAAAACAAAAGCAAGCAAACAAACAAGAGGAGAAAAGCAGAUGAAGAGGACAAGAAGGGCAGUCUCAAGCGGCUCAAAACAGAGGCGUCUGACCUCUCUGAGAGCAGCGACUCUGAGAACUCUAACAAGCGGAGUGUAGACUCCUCAUCGGAGCACAGUUCAGAGAAUGAGCUCAAAUGCAAGAGCACUUCAAAAGUUCCAGAGGAGGAGGAGAAGUCACAGGGAUCCAAGUCCAUGGAUGAGUUGAGUGUCAUCAAUAGGCUGUCCCCCUGGGAUGAGAUGCAGGAUAAAAGCAGCAAGCCGGUAGCUUUGGAGGUGACUCAGCUGGCAGAGAGUGAGCGGUUGGGAGAACGGAGAUCUCCGCUCCCUCCUCUGGCCUCCUGUACACAGAACCAAGCCUCGGGACCAAUGGAGGUCCAAAGCUGCAUUGUGAAAAGCACUGUGAACACCCUCCCCAAGGACCAUUAUGGCACAGGGAUACCUCGGACGCACACACCCAAGUGCGUGAUUGAUAUCACAGAGGAUUCCAACACGCAGCCAAGUUCAAGAGAGAACUCUGAGGCUGUAUCAGCCCUAUUGGCGUCACAGAAAUGUGAUGGCUACAUCCCUGAAUCCAGACAUUUGGUGCUAAACACCUCCCAUUUAGAGUGCAGGAGGCCGGAUGGUGAGCAGCAGCAGAACUCUCGCAACAUAGGCAGUAAAAUCGAAUUCGCCCACUCUGAGGUCAUAAGACCGGUGACAUCAGUUAGUGAGUCAGCAGCCCUGGGUGAGAGAGGGAAGCUCCAGCAGCAGUACACUUCUAUGGUUAUUAAAAAUGCCUCCGUUACGGAGGAGAUCAGGAAAACCCAUAAACCCAGUCCUUCCCCUGACUUGCCCAAACCUAAAUCAAACUCAUCCCCUGACAUCCUCAAGCCCAAGUGCAAUCCUUCACCUGACAUCUUAAAGUCAAAAGCUCACAGCAUUCAUGAAUCCUGCAAGCCCAAACCAAAUACGUCCCCUGAGGUGUCCAAACAUAAACAGCGGCAUCCUGAAAACCUACCUACAACAGGCCGCUUGGCACUCAAACCUGAGCCAGACAUACCCCGAUCUAGUUUUAAACCUGUUCCAGCCCGUGGGGCACCAUGCGAGUCCACAAAAAGCCCACUUGUUGUUGACAAAAAUGAGCAUUUCACAGUGUACCGGGACCCUGCAUUGCUGCGGCCUGAAUCAGACAGCAACCACACCGCAUACCUGCACCCGCACCUGCAUCCACUACACGGUUCUUCUCACGCCACCUGUCUCACUCCCACCUCACACCACCCAACUCAUCUUCUCCCUUCUUCCUCCAUGAGCCACUCUGUUCACCACCCACACCUGCUGCAAACCGUGCUGCCCACAAUUCCACCAGGCUCCAUCUUGAGCAGCCAUCCCCGCCUGGACUCUUCUGGACUUGGACACUUGGCCCUAGCCCACCAUCAUCCCCACCCGCCACAGCAGUACCUCCAGCAGCAGCCACCCCCUUCCCUGCUUGCCCAGACACAUGGAGGUGCCUCAUACAACCAGCUUGGCCUCUACCCCAUCAUCUGGCAGUACCCAAACGGUACCCACUCCUACCCACCUGGAUACAAGUGGGUACAUCCGGAGAAUGCUGUCAAUUCAGACUCCAGCCUGAGGAGGAACACUACCAGCCCCUGGCUGCACCAGCCCACCCCUGUAACCUCAGCAGAUAGCAUGGGGAUUUUGAGCCAUGUCCCGGGAAGACCAGCCAGUGCAGAUCCUCAUCGAUCCAUUAAGAUCAGCUCACACUCCAGCCCGCCGCUCUCCAAAACCCCCGGAGAACUCCACAAAGAAGAUCAGGAGAAGAGUGUGUUCGUGGACCCCAUGCGUAGCCUGGCCAGUGCUCACCUGAAGCAAGAGCCAGACCGCAGCCGGACACCCACCAACAAGGAGCUGCACCGUCUCUACAUGGAGUCCCCCCACAACAAGCAGCAGCUACCACCACGUAUGCCUCAGGAGGGACCUGACCGCACCAGCAAAUACAAGGAGGAGAACCGCCGCAUCCUACUGGAGAGCAUUGAAAUGGCCCCCUUCACCGCCAAGAUUCGUGCUGGGGAGGCUGAGCAUGAGCCCUUUCCACGUCCUAUUUCCUCCCAGCCCAAAAGCCACGAGAAAGAGACAGAGCACUCUAUGGCUGAUCUGUACAAGUACAAACACUCUGUAUCUCAGUCUCUCCCUCAAACCAACUACUUUACUACCCUGUCAAAUAGUGUUGUUAAUGAACCACCACGACUUUUUCAAUCCAAAGAUCUUAAUCCGUACUUUGACAAGGCACCCCCGACCUCUAGCCCCCUGUCUUUGGGCUCGUAUAACCCUAGUCAUACCAAGUCUUUGUCCAAGCCUCCACCUCUCAUUAAGCAUCAGCCAGAGGGAGAGGGACUGAUGGGCAAGAUCUCUGAACAGCUCAGUCAACAAGCACCCAUACACUCACUCGGUACCUCAGUGGUGACAGUCAGCGAUCGCUGUAGCCCUGCCAUCUCUCCCUCCAAUCAGCCUAAGGGUAUGCCAGCCUUGCGUAGAGCGCCAGUCUUUACUCCGCCCACCCAGCAGGCGCUUGACCGCAAGGAGGGGGGCUACGGUCGACUUUCCCCACCUACACUCACCCCCAUCCAGCCCGUGAGUCAGGCAGGGAAAGUGUCAGAACAACAGAAGCCGCCCACCCUGCUCCCAGAGCUCAGGGAUGAAAAAAGCGGAGCCGAGCUGGGCUCGGCAGACUCCUGGCGGACUGGCGGGGAAGCAAAGAGCCAUGAGAAAGUGGCCUGGCAUUCAGAGAAUAGCCAAGGGAAGCCACAGGCAGCCAUGGCAUCUGUUAUUGUCCGCCCUUCUACUUGCAUAAAAUACGACGGCUCGCCAGGUCCUAAGAUGGCCUCCAAAGAGCAACUUGGUGGCAGAUUGUUUCCUGGACGCACUCAGGCGGACUGCCUGAAAGUGGCAGAGAACAGGGAAUCUGGGAGAGUCAUCCUACCAAACACAAAUUUGGAGGAUCCCAGUGAUCAGUACAACAAAAACCUGAUUAGAGCAUCACCGGGUGUCAUUCCCAGCUCAGUGGCAGUUGUGGCCAAUUCUGUGUGCAGCACUAAGACUAAUGAAGCCAUUGCUGCUGCCAGCGGCACAUUUAGCACGCAGAGCCACAAUGGACCAGAUAUGUCCUUUUCCAUCUCUGCCACUAGUGUUAGUAAGAGACUGGAGAGCUCUCCUUCCAAUAGCCGUCCUCCCUCUAUUGUUGAGUCACAGAAGGGAGGUUCGAGAACCACCUCCCCUAGUGGCCUGCCUCAGGCCUGCUCCGCUGGCACCCCACAGGCCUACUCAAGAAAUUUUGUUCACCUAAAGAAGGCCAAAGCCGCUCUGGCUGCUGCACAGUCUCGUGGCUCCAGCAGCGCUUCUGAAAGUGAGAGCGGUAGCGUCAGAUCCUCUCAGGACUCACCCACAAUUGCCCAGGAGAAUUCCACGCCCAGCAAUCCUCCCAGCAAAGCCAGCCCGUUGCCCAAUGGACAGGCAGCGCAGGUGUGCCAGUCUAACUACCACAAACUCAAGAAAGCCUGGCUCACACGACACUCAGAGGAGGACAAAAACACAAACAAACCUGAAAAGGGUGGCAAUGCCAUUUCUGAGCUAAUUAAGCCAUGUUCUGUCAACCUGAUUGCCCCCGCAUCCGGCGAUGUUGAUAUGGGCAAGGACAGCAAAGGACAAGAGGACAAGCUGUCCCAGGAGGACAGAAAGACACGCCGUACCCCCAAGCGUCCAUAUGAAUCGUGUUCAGAGAGUGGCGAUGACUCAGACUCCAGCGAGAGCAAGCUGGAGCAAAGGACUAAACGGCAACCCAAGCCCACUUACAAAAAGAAGCAGAACGACAUGCAGAAAAGGAAGGGAGACAAUGAGAAGGAGGAGGACGAGGUUAAACCCAAUGGUAUUUUCCGGAGUGCCAAGGAAAAAACCAAACUCAAGCUGGCCAGUACUAAUGGCAUUCCCCGGUCAGUGCUGAAGGAUUGGAGAAAGGUAAAGAAGUUAAAGCAGACGGGUGAGUCCUUCCUACAGGAUGAUUCAUGCACAGAAAUUGGACCCAACUUACAGAAGUGCAGAGAGUGCCGCUCCAUCCGCACCAAGAAGGGAGAAGAACCUACUCACUCACCUGUCUUCUGCCGCUUCUACCACUUCCGCCGCCUCUCGUACAGUAAGAACGGAGUGAUCCGGAUCGAUGGCUUCUCCUCUCCUGAUCAAUAUGAUGAAGAGGCUCACAGUAUCUGGGCGUCAGACGCUUAUGAAGAAAACAACCUGGACCUGGAAACCUCCAAAUACAUCCUCAGCUACAUUGGAGACAAAUUCUGUCAGCUGGUUAUGACUGAGAAUACAGCGACUACGUGGAUAAAGAAAGAUGCCAAGAUCGCCUGGAAGAGAGCGGUGCGCGGGGUGAGAGAGAGCUGCGACGCAUGUGAAGCCACAUUGUUUAACAUUCACUGGGUCUGCCAAAAAUGUGGAUUUGUGGUGUGUUUGGACUGUUAUAAGGCCAAGGAGAGGAAGAGCUCCAAAGAUAAAGAGCUGUACGCCUGGUUGAAGUGUGUCAAGGGACAGCCUCAUGAUCACAAGCACCUGAUGCCAACACAGAUCAUUCCUGGAACUGUUCUAACGGACCUGGUGAGCGCUAUGCACAUGCUCAGGGAGAAAUACAGCAUUAAAUCACACUGCUCGUGUGCUGGGAAGCAGAACACCCUCUUCAACAAGCUGCCCUCAACUAAUGGCGUCUCCCAGGUAUGUGUGUUACAGAACGUGCUCAAUCACAGCAACAAGAUCUCUCUGUGUAAGCCCGAGGGCGGCCAGCAGAACUCUCUGAAGGUGGAAGCCAACGGUGGGAGCAGUCCCGCUAGCGACACCAGCACCGACAGCAAGUUCACUCCACCCGAGUCCCAGUCGCCUCUGCACUUCCUGGCUGAUCUGGCCGAGCAGAAGUCCCGUGAGGAAAAGAAGGGUGGGUACAGAACAAUAAAACUUUCAGAAAACAAGGAGUCAGGUGUAGGGAAGAUGAAGGAAGAGAAAGAUCAGUCAGAUGCUUUGGAGUCUCUACACAGCAAAGCAUCGUCCCUGGAGCAGGGAUCAACCCUACGAGACCUGCUCACCACCACCGCAGGCAAGCUGCGCCUGGGCUCUACUGAUGCUGGCAUCGCAUUCGCUCCGGUGUACUCCAAUGCCUCGCAGAUUGUCAAGAGUGGCCGCAGCAUGCCCAACAUCCUGGAUGACAUCAUCGCCUCUGUGGUGGAGAACAAGAUCCCGGCAGGCCGUGGCACGAAGUUAAACCUGAAGCACGAGCCUCUGGAGGAGCCCAAAGUCGAGAGAAAGAAAGCAGUGGAAGAGCCACCCAAACUGUACGCUGACAUCCCCCAUUGCUGGCUAUACGAGCGCAAGCUGCUCUGGCUCAAAGACCACCGCAACAGCGGCAACUGGAAACUCUUCAGGGAGUGCUGGAGACAAGGACAGCCUGUACUAGUCUCUGGGGUGCACCGAAGGCUCAACGCCAGCUUGUGGAAAGCAGAGUCCUUCAACCAAGAGUUUGCUGACCACCAGGGGGACCUCUUGAACUGCAAGGAUGGAGUAAUGUCCAACUCAGGUGUCAAAGAAUUCUGGGACGGCUUUGAAGAUCUCACAAAGCGACCCAAGGCUAAAGAUGGAGAAACCGUUGUGUAUCGAUUGAAGGACUGGCCUUCAGGGGAAGAGUUUAUGGCUUUGAUGCCCUCCAGGUAUGAUGAUUUGAUGAAGAACCUCCCCAUGCCUGAAUAUUCAGACCCGGAGGGAAACCUCAACCUGGCCUCCCAUCUGCCCACCUUCUUUGUGCGGCCGGAUCUGGGCCCUCGCCUCUGCUGCGCAUAUGGUGUGGCAGCAUCUCAGGAGCAGGAUUUCGGCACUGCUAACCUGCACAUGGAGGUGUCUGACGUGAUCAGCGUGCUGGUUUACGUCGGAGUGGCAAAAGGGAAUGGCGUCUUGUCCAAAACAGGAGUGCUGAAGAGGCUGGAGGAGGAAGAUCUGGAUGACAACGUCAAGAAAAGAUUAAAGGACUCGAGCGAGACUCCGGGAGCCUUGUGGCACAUCUACACCAGCAAAGACGGCGAGAAGAUUAAAGAGUUCCUGCACAAGGUGGCGAAAGAGCAGGGUGUGGAGAUCGCAGCAGAUCACGACCCCAUCCGUGAUUCCAGCUACUACUUGAGCCGAAAGCUACGUCAGCGGCUGCUGGAUGAACAUGGCAUUCAGGGCUGGACUGUGGUGCAGUUUCUGGGUGAUUCAGUCCUGAUCCCGGCAGGAGCUCUGCACCAGGUGCAGAAUCUUCACAGCUGCAUUCAGGUGAUCAAUGACUUCGUGUCUCCAGAGCACGUGGGGCAUUCCUUUCACUUAACACAAGAACUCAGAUCCUCCAAAGAGGAGAUGAACUACGAAGAUAAGCUACAGGUCAAGAACAUCUUCUACCACUGCGUGAAGGACGCCGUGGGCACAUUGAAGAGGAGCUGUGCUGAGGAGGAAGAGGAGAGCAACUCAUGACAGCCGUCCACACGCACGCACACACCGCCAACCUCCAGUGCCAAGUAGACCACACCAACACCACCCGUCUGACAGCUAGCGUUCGUCUGUCCGUUUGCUUUCCUUUCCCUCUCCUUCUUUCAUACUGUAUAGUUUCAGUAUUUAUUUUCAGGCGUUCUGUUCUCGAUCAAAUGUAAAUGUGACUUGUACAGUUUGCUAAUGGAUUUCACUACUUUUGGAGACUUGGAGUUACUGUGAGAGAGAUCCACCAUCUCGUGUCCUCAUGCCAUAUCUUUUGAGAAAAACAAAACAAAACAAGAACUGCCAAACAAUUGUAAACAUUGUACAGUUCUGUUAUUAUGUAAAGAAAGACUUAAUAACACACGUCAGCAUUUUAUUAAGAAGUAUUCACUGUAAAAUGGAGACAUUUGCAAAAAAAAAGAAAAAAGAAAGAAAAAAGUUGUAAUUUAUUUAAGAAAAUUGUCGUUUUUUCUGCUUUUUAUGUUCAGAUUUACUAUGGUGAACUUUUGAAGUUCGAUGGAAAAAGGAAAAUCGUACUAUGCUGUGUAAAUAUAUACAUAUAUACAUUCACUGAUGUAUUUUUUUAAACAUGGCUUGCUUCAAUUUCAAAUUUUAAAGUGCAAGUGUUACAUGCUUUGUACAUUGAAGUUCAAAAGGGUUUUACAUUUUCCAUUAAAAUGGAUUUAUCAAA